AUGGAUGAUGCUAAUCCAGUUGGCACCCCGAUGGAAUGUGGUAGCAAGUUGAGUAAGCAUGAAAAUGGAGAGAUUGUGGAUCCUACUCUUUACAAAAGUUUGGUUGGAAGUCUACGUUACUUGACAAGUACAAGGCCAGAUAUUCUCUAUGUCGUAGGAGUCGUAAGUCGCUACAUGGAAGCUCCAACAACAACUCACUUUAAGGCGGCAAAAAGAAUCCUUCGAUACAUCAAAGGUACAACAAACUUUGGCUUGCACUAUUACUCUUCUAACAAUGAUGAGAUUAUUGGAUAUAGUGAUAGCGAUUGGAGUGGAGACUUGGAUGAUAGAAAGAACACUACUGGUUUUGUGUUUUUUAUGAGAGAUACUGCUUUCACUUGGAUGUCAAAGAAGCAACUUAUCAUCACACUGACAACUUGUGAAGUUGAGUAUGUCGGCGUCACAUCAUGUGUUUGUCAUGCAAUUUGGCUAAGGAAUUUGUUGAAAAAGUUAAAAAUGCCAUAA